AUGGAGUCCUGGAUCUUCCCAUCGUCCCCUCCCAACCUGUCGGAGCACCUCAUGUACGACAGCUACGUGCAGGGCAACGAGUCCGACCUCCACGGAAACUACACGGACCACACCUUCAAUAAAACCAGCACGGUGGUCAUCACCUGCUUGUACUUUCUGGUGUGCACCGUGGGACUCUGCGGAAACGCCCUCGUCAUCUACGUGAUCCUGCGCUACGCCAAGAUGAAGACAGUCACCAACAUCUACAUCCUCAACCUGGCGGUGGCCGACGUGCUGUUCAUGCUGGGCCUGCCGUUCAUCGCCAUCCAGCUGGCGUUGGUCCACUGGCCGUUCGGCCCCGUGCUCUGCAGGGUGGUGAUGACCGUCGACUCCCUGAACCAGUUCACAUCCAUCUUCUGCCUGAUGGUCAUGAGCAUCGACCGCUACUUGGCUGUGGUGCACCCCAUCAAGUCCACAAAGUGGCGCAAGCCUCGCAUGGCCAAGACCAUUAACUUAGCAGUGUGGGGGGUGUCGCUGAUGGUUAACCUGCCCAUCGUUAUUUACAGCGGAGUCAUCACAAAGCACGAUGGCUGCUUCUGCUCCAUCGUGUGGCCCGAGCCGGAAGAGGCCUACUACACAGCGUUUAUGUUCUACACCUUCAUCCUGGGCUUCUUCCUGCCCCUCAUGGUCAUCUGCCUUUGCUACUUGUGCAUCAUCUUCAAGGUGAAGUCCUCGGGCCUCCGCGUGGGCUCGUCCAAGAGGAAGCGCUCAGAGAGGAAGGUGACUCGGAUGGUGUCCAUCGUGGUGGCCGUGUUCGUCUUCUGCUGGCUGCCUUUCUACGUCUUCAACGUCACCUCGGUGACGGGAACCAUCAGCACCACUCCCAUCCUGAGGAGCACCUUCGCCUUCGUGGUGGUUCUGGGAUACGCCAACAGCUGCGCCAACCCCAUCCUCUAUGCCUUCCUGUCGGAGAACUUCAAGAAGAGUUUCCAGAAUGUUCUGUGUCUUCAGAAGGUGGGAGGGCUGGAUGAGACUGAUCGCAGUGAUAGCCGGCAGGAUAAGUCUCGUAUGAUUAAUGACCCCACGGAGACCCAGAGUACUCUGCUGAACGGGGACCUGCAGACCAGCAUCUGA